GAAUCAGCACAGUAUCACUUGAAGGCUUUCCAUUGGCUUGAGUAAAGACCAGUGCUGAUGACAGGAUGGAGGGAUGGAAGAGCAGUACUUCUGCUCCUGGUCAACCUGCUGCUUCCCCGGGCACACAGCUCCCCAGCAUGGACAUGUGGCCAAAGAACAAGUACCAAACCUGAGAAGUCAGAAAUUUUGGAAAUCACAGGUGGGGUAUCUGCAGACAUAAUAGAUUUUCCAUGGCAGGUGAGGAUUCUUUACCAAGGGAGACACCUUUGUGGAGGAUCAAUCCUCAGUGAGUGGUGGAUUUUAACCGCAGCCCAUUGCUUCAUAAACAGAAAUAAUUUUGAGAUAAAAUCUGGCUUGGAGAUAAUACAUGGUGAAAGAAACAUUGAUACCAAGAACUUGACAAGGAUGAAAGUGGACAAGUCAAUUAUUCACCCUUAUUUUGACAGCUGGUUCUUGGAUAAUGACAUUGCUUUGCUCUUACUCAAAUCUCCAUUUAAAUUGGGUGUCAAGGAAGUACCCAUCUGCCUGUCAGAGGUUAAUGACAUACAGAAAUGGAGAAAUUGCUGGGUGACUGGAUGGGGCAUUACCAUUCCUAUGCAAGAUAUGACUUCACGGCUGCAAAAAGUCAACAUCAAGCUGGUCAAAUGGGAAACAUGCUCCCAUAAGGUGCCUAUACUCACCAGGAACAUGCUGUGUGCUGGGAGCCCUCAAGGUGGGAAGGACGCCUGCCAGCUAAUCCCUGAGAUCUACAGAUUUGGUCUUCAGAAGGAUCCUGUCACCUCCCUACCUACCACCUGGUCCAGAGCCUCAGCAAAUACUGCUUUCAGCUCUCAGAGAUCAUGUGCAACAAUGCUAUGAUUGAGGAUCAGGAAAUCAUUGAAGUAGAAAUGUCCUAAAGAGAGGUGGUAAAGAUACACAUAGCUAAAUGAGUUGUAGUAGUCAAGACACUUUUGAAUGCAAACAUUAGAAACUCAACCUGAAGCAAAAAAAAGGGGGGGGGAUGAUAAAUAUACUGGGGUAGCACAGAACCAAAGGAAUUACCAUUCUAGUAAACAGUUGUCUGAAAGUGUGACUUAGUCCAAGAUGACAUUUUGUACCAUCUGGAAGAGUGGGCGGACCAUCCUUCUUGCAAUCAGUCAUGAGCAUAAUUUUUCCAACCAAGCAAGACAUAAUAAGUAGCAUUCUUUUCUAAGGCAACUCAGCACAUUUUUGAAGAGAAAGGGAAAAAUAUACUCAAAAAGAUGGGUGUUUUUAUAUGAGUUUGCCUUAAGUAGAAUUCCUUGAGCUAUGAAUAACAACAAAAUAAAACAAAAAGGAGAAAUAUUUUCUGCAUAUGCAUUCUGAAAGGGAAGAAAAGAAAGUAUGAAAAAAGUUUCUCUCUGCUGACUUUCAUUGGCUGCAUGAGAACAGGACAGGUUGGCCACCAUCUGAAUCUAGAGAGAGGGGGGUGAAGAAGCAUUUCAGUGGAUGAGGUCAGAGAGAAUCGAUAUACAGCUGUUUUGCCAAAACUGCAGUGUUACCCCAAACUUUUGGCUGUUGGUAAGCAGGGAAAUACGACUACAAGUAGAUGGGUUACUGCUCCUGAGAAAGGUAGGUUUACAAAUAAUUUCCUCUUUUUUGUGAAAGAAGUAACAGCAAUUUGGCCUUCAAGUUCAGAAGGUAGAGGCUAGGAGAGACUGAGAGGUCACAGUGUUGUGCCCUCAGCUCAGGGCAGCGGCUGACAGAGAAGUUGAAACAGCCUGGCCUCUCACCCAGGAUCCUAUGAAAGGGAGUGUGUGCGGGAAGGGGGCUGCUUAGCCUCCAUUGCAAAGCAGGUUGUCAAACUUUCCAAUUUUUGCCAAUUCUGUAAAGAAGAAAUAAGAGUUCAAACUAGUAAUUUUUUUCUUCAAACUGAGGUAUAAUUUACGUAGAGAGACAUGCCCUGACCUUAACUUUAUAGUUUGAUGAGUUUUUAAUAAUGCUUAUAGCCAUAUAAUCCACACCCCUAUAAAGGUAUAGAGCAUUUCCACCACCGUAGAAAGACCACUCCAAGCCCUUCCCCUACCAAUCCCAACUUACUCCCACCCUCUUUCCCUUCCACCAGGAUCAAACACCAUUCUGGUUUCUUUCAGUUCUUUCAGUGUGUAUUAGUUUUUCCUGUCAUAGAACUUUUUAAAAAAUGGAACACCAUGUUAUAUACUUUUUUGUGCCUGUUUUCCUUACCUUAACAUAUUUUUGAGGUUCGUUUAUGUUGUUGCAUGUAUCUGUAGCUCUCCCCUUAUUACUGUAGAGUAGUAUUCCGUACCACAAUUUAUUUAUGCAUUCCAUUUUGAUGGACACAUGAGUUGCUUAUAAUUAGGGGCUAUUAUAAAGAAAAUACUACUACAAAGGGUCUUGUAACAAAUAUUUCUGUGUAUAUGUUUUCAUUUCUGUUGGGUAAACAAGAUGUAAAAUUUCUGGGUCAUAGAAUAGGUGUAUAUUUAACUUUAUGAGAAAUUACCAGGUAAAUAUCACAGUUAUUUUAUACUGUCCACCCUGCAAUCCAAGUAACAGAUGAGAAUUCUAGUGGCUCCACAUCUUUGCCAACAUUUGGUAUUAUCAGUCUUUUUAAUUUCUCUAUUCUGUGGGUGUGAAGUGGUAUCUCAUUUCACCCUAAUGGGGUUGAAAAUGUUUUCAUAUGCUUACUAACCAUUUGUAUAACUCUUUUUGCGAAAUGCCUAUUAAAGUACCUUUCCCAUCUUUAA